CGCUAAAUCUAAAAUAAACCGUGAAUAAAAUGUGAAAAUACAUAAAGAUUUUUGGGUGAAGCAGCCGCACGCAUGAAAGGCUCGAAAAUAUUUGGCCUCAACACAAUAAAUUCGUUACGUUAGUGACAGCUUAAACAGAAAGUACAAGGAGGGGGGGAAACGUUGAGCUAGCCAGCUAGCAUUAGCGCGAGUGUAACUCUUACUUCUUAACCUCUACAUUUCAAAUACUGCCUAUCGCGACUUAUCGGAUUUCAUUAGUCGGUGUAUUUUUACGAUGCCGUGUCAAACGCGCACUUUUAAAGUCAGCGAGGUAGUGGGAGCACUGCAAUGCUAAUGCUAGCCGGCUAGGCUAAGUAGCGCCACAUUGCUAUUAACGGGAGGCUGCCAUCUCACUUAGCUCCUGCUAGCCGGCUAUAUUGCUUGUUUCCUUUUUCUUUUUUUUUAUAUUUAUUUGUGACUCGUGUAUUUGACUGUGGUUGGCGUUACAUUGUAGGGACAUGGCGCCCCGCAUACAGCUGGACAAAGCGGCUUGGCGUUGGGUCGAAACGGUGAAACCAGAAGACAUCAGACAGGAGCAUAUCGAGCUGGCAUAUCGCAUCAACCUCCCGGCCUGCAAGAGAGGAGCCUGCAGGAGGAACUGCAAAGGAAAUCCCAACUGUCUUGUGGGUAUAGGCGAACAAGCGUGGCUCGGGGAGAUCGAUGAAAAUGCUUUCCACAAUAUCGACGACCCAAAUUCAGAGCGUCGAGACAAGAACACAUUUGUUGGCCUGACCAACCUCGGUGCGACGUGUUACGUCAACACAUUCCUGCAAGUGUGGUUCCACAACCUGGAGCUGCGCCGGAGCCUCUAUCAAUGCAACAAUUCCCGAGCACAUGACCACAACAUUGAGUCUGAUUACGAGCCCGAGUCCAUCUGCGAACAUCUGCAGUACCUGUUCGCUCUCCUGCAGAACAGCAACAGAAAGUACAUUGACCCUUCAGGUCUGGUCAAAGCACUUGGCCUGGACACGGGGCAGCAACAGGAUGCCCAGGAGUUCUCGAAGCUUUUUCUGACUUUGCUGGAGGAUACUCUGUCCAAGCAGAAGAACCCCAACCUGCAGAACGUCAUCCAGCACCAGUUCUGUGGACAGUUCUCUUACGUUACUGUGUGCAACCAAUGCGGCCGCUCGUCUGCGCUGCCGUCCCGAUUCUACGAGCUGGAGCUGAACAUCCAGGGCCACAAGAACCUCACAGAGUGCGUCACGGAGUUCCUGAAGGAGGAGAAGCUGGACGGGGAGAACCGCUACUUCUGUGAGAGCUGUCAGAGUAAACAGAACGCCACUCGAAGAAUCAGAUUGCACAGCCUCCCUCCGACCCUCAACCUGCAGCUCAUGCGCUUUGUCUUCGACAGACAAACCGGCCACAAGAAGAAGCUCAACACUUUUAUCAGUUUCCCAGAACAGCUCGACAUGGGACCUUUUCUGGAAGGAAAACACGACCAGAAGUGCGUCUAUGAACUGAGUGCGGUGCUGAUCCAUCGAGGAAUCAGCGCCUACUCCGGCCACUACAUCGCCCACGUGAAGGACGCUCGCACCGGAGACUGGUACAAGUUCAACGACGAGGAAAUUGAGAAGAUGGAAGGAAAGAAGCUGCAUCUUGGUACUGAGGAGGACAUUGCUGAGACGGUGAAAUCUCAGUCGCGAAAGCCGAAGUGCAGCAAAGGUUUCCACUGCUCCAGAAACGCCUACAUGCUGGUGUAUAAGAUCCAAGAAGACGAGAGUUCAGAUCCCUCCAGGACCAUUGUUGAGGUGCCAUCCUUUCUCCAGAGGCUGGUUGACCAAGACAAUCAUAAAUUUGAGGAGUGGUGUAGUGAGAUGGCCAGCAUGAGAAAACAGAGCGUGGAUAAGGGCAAGGCCAAGCAUGAAGAGGUGAAGGAGCUCUACGAGCUUUUACCCGCAAGAGACGGCGAAGACUACGAGUUUAUCCCCCUGGAGUGGCUGAAGAAAUGGCUGGACGACUCCACCGCCACGAAAGAAAUCGACAACUCCCUCUUCCUGUGCUCCCAUGGCAAACUGCACCCGGAUAAGGUGGCGGAGUCCAAGAGGGUUUCCCUGCAAGCGGCAGGACUCCUGUACGAGCGCUACGGUGGAGGGCCGAGACUUAACGGCUCCUCUCUAUGUAGAGAGUGUGUCGGCCAGCGAUGCAGAGUGUUGCGCCUAAAGAACCAGCUAAAUGAAGACUACAAGGAAGUUACUAACCUUGUCAAACGCACAUUCAGUGGUGAGGGUUACUGGGUGGGCAAAGCGUCUCUGCGUAGCUGGAGGCAGCUGGCGCUGGAACAGCUGGAGGAGGACGAACACGAAACCAAACACAGCAACGGCCAGACCAACGGACAGGGACCACACACCAACAACAACAAAGAAUUCUGCUCAGAGCUGUCGGAGGGAACCGAAGACGAGAUGAAGACAUUCAAUGAAGACAUUGUCUGCAGUCACGGGGGUCUGAGUAUUCUGGAGACCGAACGGAAACUGGUGUCCUCUGAAGUUUGGACCAAGCUGAGGGAAUACUUCCCCAAAGCUCCUGAAUUUACCCAAAACAAAGAACCCUGUCAGCAGUGCCUGACAUUAGAGCAGGAGGAAAAGGACAACGAGGCCGUCAGUAAGAUGAUGGCGCUCGACCAGAAGAACCAGCUGCUCAACCUCUUCCAUGAGAAGAACCGGCCAACGCUCACAAAGUGGCCUCAGGACACAGAUGUACUUUACAUAGUCCCUCUGUUUUUCGUGGAGGAGUGGAGAAAGUUCAUCAGGAGGCCAACAAAAUCCUCUCCGGUGUCGAACGUGGGCAACACUCUGCUGCUCUGUCCACAUGGAGGCUUCAUGUUCACCUACGACUCACUGAUCAGUGGAGAUGCACAACAUAUAGCUCUGCUCUGGCCCAAUGAAUGGGACGUUAUCAGCAGACUCUUCAUUGUGGACCAGGCCAUCUCCAUCCACUGCUUCGUACAGACCACACAAAGUGGCUCCACCCCCCAGUACACCACUCAACCCGAUCUUUGUUGGGAGUGCAGAGAGAGCUUCCUCUUCCAGCAGCAGAGGGAUCUCAGAGAGUACACCCAAGCCACCGUUUACAUCCGCAAAGUCGUCGAAGACCAGCGGAUGAUCAAGGAGGCGGCUCCAGAGAUGAACGCCAGCAGCUCUGAGGCAGAGGAAGAACGGGAAGAGCACCCAAAGGUGGACGGAGAGAAAGAUCCAGACUUCAAUCAGUCCCAGGAUGGUGCGAAGCGACUAAAGUUGAGUGACAACAGUGCGGCAUCGGGAGCUGCUGCUGCUGCUGCUGCUGCACCUGCUGCACCUCCUCCUCCUCCUCCUCCUCCUCCUCCUUCGACCAAUGUGACCAAGCUGGGUGGAAUCCGGAGAAGCACCCGGCACAGAAAACUCCGGGGAGAGAAAGCACUCAUUGUUUCAGCCAAUCAGACGCUAAAGGAGCUGAAAAUACAAAUUAUGCACGCCUUCUCCGUGGCUCCAUUCGACCAGAACCUCUCCAUCGAUGGGAAAAGUCUGACAGACGACUCGGCCACGCUGGGCAGUCUGGGUGUCAUUCCAGAGAGCAUCAUCUGUCUAAAGGCUGAUGAACCAAUAGCAGAUUAUUCUGCGAUGGAUGAUGCCUACCAGGUGAGAAUGCCUGAAGAAGGUUUCAAAGGCACGGGGCUUCUUGGGCAUUGAGGAAAACUGUCCUGUAGUUAUGCUUGAAUUGGAUGGAUGACAGAUAAAAAGAAAAAAAAAGUUCUAUUUGUCAAGUGUCCAUAUAUAAAUAAGUGCUUUAUUUUAUUUUUUGAGUAGCCUUUCUUUGAUAAAACUGUGACUAUGUUCCAAAGCGGCUGUUUUUCUCUACAUAAGGUUAGCUGGCUUUGAUAUUUAAAGUUUCUAAUUGUUCUGAAGGACUCUGUGGUUCUGCUUCAGCCUGACUAAUAGAAACAAGGUGAAGUAGCUAAAAAGGAUUUGUUGUACUCUGACGCUAGACUUCGAGAAAGCAACUUUGUUUUUAAAUUAUGGCAGAAGAUGAAUUCAAGGCGACGUUCUUUCAUUAUGUGGAAGGUCGUGUUCUCAACUCGAAAGAGCUUUCAGGUUCGUUAAAAGAGGAAUGCACGAGUAAGUGUUAAGUAUUACAAGUAUAACUGCUCUUAAAUGUUUGAACAUUUAUUACCUCUACAGCAAAUCUAUAUCCAUAUACUCCUUGUGGCAUUUAGAGAUCCAUAACUACAAAGUAUGUAUUGAGGCGGAUUUCUGCAGGUUUCAGCAGUGCACAACUCGUACGUUGGAAGUGAGAAACGGAAAGCAAGCAGUAAUAUAUCCUGUUCUUUUCACUGUUAUUUCUAAUGGACAAUAAAGUUAUUUUCAAAGCA